AUGACGCUGCUCCGACUCUUGCGGCCGACGUCUCUUUCUCCGGCCCUGCGCACCUGCACGUCUAGCGCCGCUAAUUACCGUCGCGGCUUUCUGACAUCCGCGUCACAGGCACCCGAUAUUGCGUUUGCUUUUGACAUUGAUGGCGUCCUCCUUCGCUCCUCAAAGCCUAUACCUGGUGCCUCCGAUGCUCUUCGCACUCUGCAAGAACGCGGCAUUCCCUUUAUUCUCCUGACAAAUGGCGGCGGAAAGCACGAGACGGAGAGAGUCGCCGAGAUUAGCGAGAAAUUGAACAUCCCUUUAGAUCCAAGUGUUAUAAUCCAGAGUCAUUCGCCUUUUGCCGAGCUGGUUAACGGUGCAUUUGGGCAGGAAGCGUUGGAAAAUAAGUGCAUUCUGGUAGCAGGCGGUGACGGGGACCGUUGCCGCGAAGUGGCAGAGAGAUAUGGAUUCAAAUCAGUCGUGACGCCCGGGGACAUUUUCACAGCGUAUCCCGGUAUCUGGCCGUUCUCGAAAAACUUCAAGGACUACUACAAGUCAUUUGCACGACCACUACCGAGGCCGAUUGACCCAAACGACCCAUCAGGAAGUCUCAAGAUUGACGCAAUGUUCGUGUUUAAUGAUCCCCGAGACUGGGGCCUUGACGCCCAAGUUAUAAUAGACGCCCUUCUAUCCUCGCAAGGCAUAAUGGGAACACUCUCCGAUAAAAACGGCCAAUCUGAUCUUCCGAACCGGGGGUACCAGCAAGACGGCCAACCUCCAUUGUACUUCUCGAAUCCGGAUCUGGUGUGGGCAGCGAGCUACCAUCUCCCAAGGCUGGGUCAGGGAGGGUUCCGUGAAGCGCUAGAAGGGACUUGGGCGGCCAUAACUGGCGGACCUGCUCAAGGAGUCGAACUUGUCAAGACUGUCGUCGGGAAACCGUACGCACUUACAUAUCGAUUUGCAGAGAAUCAAUUACUGCGAAACCGGGCGAGAUUGUUCAGCAAUGGGAACCUGCCACCGAUAAAGAAAGUCUUCAUGAUUGGCGAUAAUCCAGAGUCCGAUAUUCGUGGCGCCAACUCGUACGAGAGCGACCAUGGGAGCCAAUGGAAUUCUAUUCUAGUGCGAACUGGUGUCUAUAGUGGUGGAACUCCCUCAUACCCUCCUAAGGUUAUCGCCGAUGAUGUGAAACACGCUGUGGAGUGGGCUCUCAAGACUUCUGAAUAUUAG